AUGCCAGCGCCCUCACCCCUGCCAACGUAUCUAUACAAAAUCCUGCCUUCUGCCCCGCCAUCGCCCCUCCCUGAACGCCUCCCAUUGUCAGAUCUCGACCGCAACGAUGGCUACAUUCAUCUCUCGACAGCCGAGCAGGUACCUGGCACUGCUGACCGGUUUUUCGGCAGCUCCGCGGAGUUGUGGCUGCUGAAGAUCAAAUACGAGGCGCUGGCUGCGGGGACCGACGGGGAUGGCAAGGUGGAUAGCAAGGCAGCGGUCAAAUGGGAAGAAGUGGGUCAUGGGUGUUUCGCGCAUUUCUACGGCGGUGAUCUUGGAAAGGGGAAUGUUGCAGAGGCUGUGAGGCUGGAGAAGAAGAGCAGUUGGACUGAAAGCCUGCAGCUUGAAUGGUGA